CGGCGGAAGGACCGGAAGUAUGAGCGGAAGUGGAUCGAGGCCGCGUCAGGGGCGGUAACUACAGAGUAAACAGACGCCGAGGUGUGUGAGUACGUGUGAGUCCGCCGCUCUGGGACGCCAUGAGCCGGCUCCAGGACGACUACGACCCCUAUGAGGUGGAAGAGCCUAGCGACGAGGAGCCAGCUCUGAGCAGUUCUGAAGAUGAAGUGGAUGUGCUUUUACAUGGAACCCCUGACCAGAAAAGAAAGCUCAUCAGAGAGUGUCUUACUGGAGAAAGUGAGUCCUCCAGUGAAGAUGAAUUUGAAAAAGAAAUGGAAGCUGAGUUAAAUUCCACCAUAAAAACAAUGGAGGACAAGCUCUCUUCUCUUGGAACAGGGUCUUCCUCAGGAAAUGAAAAAAUUGGAAUAGCUCCAGCAAAGUACUAUGAUGAUGUGUAUUUUGACUCUGAUUCUGAGGAUGAAGACAAAGCAGCACAGGUAACCAAGAAGAAAAAGAAGAGACGGCACAGGAUUCCAACAAAUGAUGAAUUGCUAUAUGAUCCUGAAAAAGAUAACAGAGACCAGGCCUGGGUUGAUGCACAAAGAAGAGGUUAUCAUGGUUUUGGACUACAGAGGCUACGUCAACAACAGCAGCCGGUUCCAAAUAGUGAUGCUGUCUUGAAUUGCCCUGCCUGUAUGACCACGCUGUGCCUUGAUUGUCAAAGGCAUGAAUCCUACAAAACUCAGUACAGAGCAAUGUUUGUGAUGAACUGUUCUGUCAACAGAGAGGAAGUUCUAAGAUACAAAAACCCAGACAACAGGAAGAAAAGGUGGGGCUACAAGAAGCUGCGACCUAACCAGGAAGAUCCUGCCCAGCAGGAAGAAGCCGAAGAAACCUACCACCCCGUCAUGUGCACAGAGUGUUCCACUGAAGUGGCUGUCUAUGACAAGGAUGAAGUCUUUCACUUUUUCAAUGUUUUAGCAAGUCAUUCUUAAAUCGUGCAGUUGGCAUUUCAUUGUACAAUACUGUGUAAAGGAAACUGUAUGGACCAGUUAUUUUCUUUCCUCCAAUUCAUAUCAUUAAAUAACAUUGAGUUAUUACUUAAGGAAGCAGUAUUUUAUCUUUAUGAAAAAGAAUGGUUAUCAGUCUUCAUCUCUCCUCCCUUUUUUGUUUAGUUUUCUGAU